UGGGAAGUCCACCUGCCGUCGACAUGCUCGCAUGCACACUCGGGAAGAGGUCGGCAUUGCUGUCAAGACUGCACAGGAUCUUGAAGCAUCCUUUGCAUGGGCGCCUCCGCUUUCGACUGAGCCUCGCAAUGCAGAUGACCUUCUUGCUGGUCCGGAGAGUAUCUCACCUGGUGACAUCGCUGCUGAAUUUGAAGCUCUCGAAGAGCUGAAAAUGACGGAAGAAGUUCAAAGCAUUAACAAAGUCGAAGUGCUCGAGGGAAAUGCUUUUGAUUUCAACGAGUUGGAUCGGGUUGAAUAAGGAAUAAUACCGCAGACCGUUCUAGAUGAGGUUGAGGUGGUUAAUUACACUGGUGAGGGUGAUGGCUGGGACGAGGAAACAUUGAU